AUGGAUGUCUUAGCGUCCCUCUAUCCUACCCUCUCAGAGCGCAAGCCCCUUCCCGCCUACUACACACCCGUCUGUCUCGGUCUCUCCCUGCUACCCUUCCUAACAGAAAACACACGCCUCGCCAGCAUCUCCACAUUCCCAUUCCUGCUCUACCUAUGCGCCCGUUGGCCGCGCUUUACUACUGGUGAUCCCUCCUCAGACUACUACAACAACAGCCAAUUCAUCGCCAUUCCUCUAUGGUACCUAGACUUUGUCUUUCUAACGCCCAGAGACGGCGAGGGCGCGCCUGCGUUCGUUGGCCCGCAAUCUAUAGAUGAGGAGCGCAGGGACGAGAAUCUCGCUGUUGCCGCCCAGGUUCAGCGCUGGAAGGAUCUAACCACUUUCUCACAGCGAGUGAAGUGGGCAUUUCGGCUCAUGCUGCCCGCGCAAAGGGGAAUUGGAUGGAAUUGGCAGGUGAAAGGUGUUCCUGCGGACUCGAAUGCAAAGCUGCCGAGGUGGCAAUAUGUGGGCUGGCAGAUACGGUGGACGGUGUUCUACUAUGCGCAGUCUGUGGGAGCGUUGACUGCGCUGGGGCUAGGGUGUGCUUUGAGAGCGCAAGUUGGGCCAGACGAACAUGUUAAGAGAGCUGUUGCAAAUGCCAUUGUGGGGUGGUCAGGUGCGACGUGGGUAUGGGAUAGGCUGAAUUGUGCGUAUCGACUCGCGGCUGCUCUGGGUGUUGCGACUGGGACGACGGAGACGUGGGAAUGGCCGCCUCUAAUGGGGCCAUUGAAGGAUGCAUGGAGCGUGAGGCAGAUGUGGAGUGCAACUUACCACCAGUUGCUGUCCCAGCCCGCGAAACGCAUUGCUCGCUUUCUGGGCCUUCGUAAGGGCAGCCUAGCCUCCAGCUACGGCCAACUGUUCAUCUCAUUCGGCAUCAGCUGCCUCUUUCACCAGGUCCAGAUGUUCAAUGUCACUCGUAGGGACAUGGGCGAGAUGGCCUUCUUCAUGUCGCAGCCUUUGGCCAUCGUAUCCGAGGACCUGGUGCAUUGGGCAUGGAAAAAAAUUCACCCUUCUAGAGAAAGCACACAUCUCGAGAAGGUGUUAGGGUAUGGCUGGACGUUUGUCUGGUUCUCAUUCAGCUUGCAAUUGUAUGUAAGCGGACUUGUGCAGGCACGCGUUAUGAAAGAUUGGUUGUUUGGAUACAGGCCUCUAGAAAUAGGAGCCGAUGCUGGCCAGCAGCUGCUAACGUGGUUACGAGCAUAG